AUGACAUCCCAGGAGUUUUAUGAGCACUGCAAGAAACAUCGCGAUUUGGCGAACUCGUGGAUUUUUGAGACCUGCCCCAUCUACACCAAGCCUGGCGCAGUUCAUGUACAGCAGCCAGUUUGGAAAGACGUCCCGAAGGGCAUGUCUUCCUUUCACCGCAACAUCAGUGAUGUGGUGGCUGAGUCGCUUUCCAAGAAAGCACGGGAAGGGCGACAGGUUUGUGGGGGCUUUGAGCAGUGGCGGACUCGCAAGGCGGUGAAGGAUGUCCUGGAGACUCGCCAAGAGGAGCUCCAAGUAUUCAAUGAGACGUUCCAUAUCCGAAACGAGAUGAAGGACAUCUUCCGGCGGUCGUCGUUCAUAGAGAAGCCGCCCUCAAGUGGGCGCUGA